GGGCCCGGCGGCGGCGCGGCGGCGGCCCAAGAUGGCGGCGACCAAGAAGAAGAAGAAGAAGAAAAUGAAGAUAGCGAAGCAGCUGCAGCCGCACGCGGCGGCGGCGGCAGCAGCAGCUGCAGCGCAGGAGGCGGAGGAGGCGACCCGGCGUGACCGGCACUUGCGGGCGCUCUGCGGGGUGUCGGGCGCGGAGCGGGCGCUGGAGGAGCUGGUGUUCGGCGACAGCCUCGCGGCGGAGGAGGGCGAGCUGCUGCAGCGCCUGGCCGGGCCCCCGCCGCUUCGUGCUGCCGAGAGGGGAACCGUUCCGAAAGACUCUAGCGAUUCGGAAGUGGAGAAUGAAGCGAAGGAUAACUUCUUGCCCUCUAAGAAACCAGCCUGGGUGGAUGAUGAGGAUGAAGCUGAGGAAAAAAUUGAUAUGACGCACAGGUAUAAAAAAGAUAUGAUGAAAAGUGAUGCCGAGAAGAUACUUAGUAAGCAAAAAUUUAAAACACGACUUCAAGAAGAAUUUCAGCGAGCUAUGGGAGGAAUACCUGCCUGGGCCAAUAGAGAAAAUAGGAAGAAACCCAGAAAGACUGCAAGUGAUAGUGAUAAUGAUGAAGAUGAUGAUCUGCUAUGCAGGACUGGCAAUUUUAUAUCAAACUCUGAGUCCCUGCCAAGAGGUAUUUUACAGAUGAAGAGCUGCUUGCCUGCUAAUCAGGAACGCCUUGUUGGUGGAAAGCUGUCAACAGUGCAGUUUCAUCCUUCUGCUCAGGUUAUCCUCACUGCUGGACGUGAUCGAUCUGUGUCACUCUUUCAGGUUGAUGGUAUAAAGAAUCCAAAAAUACAGAGCAUCUAUUUAGAGAGUUUUCCAAUCUUUAAGGCUUGUUUCAGUGCUGAUGGAGAACAAGUUAUAGCCACUGGUACUCACCAUAAAAUGUUCUAUGUGUAUGACAUGAUGGGUGGAAGUAUUAUUCCUGUACAUCAAGUAAGAGGUAUGGAGGAGAAGUUUGUCAAAAAUUUUGAAGUGUCUCCAGAUGGAUCAUUUAUGCUUCUUAUUGGAACUUCAGGUUAUCUUCACUUGCUAUCAAUGAAGACAAAGGAACUGAUCAGCACUAUGAAAGUAAAUGGAAGAUCCACUGCAUCUGCUUUCACUCCGGACAGCAGCAAAAUAUAUACAUACUCAAAGGAAGGUGAAGUUUUUGUUUGGGAUGUGAAAAGCAGGAAGUGUCUACACAGAUUUGAAGAUGAAGGCUCUUUGGAAGGCAAAUGUAUCGCUGUUUCAAGAAAUAACCAGUAUGUAGCAUGUGGCUCAGUCUCUGGAGUUGUAAACUUGUAUACUACUGAUGUCUGUCUCAAAGAAAACCGUCCUAAACCAGUUAAGGCCAUAAUGAACCUAGUUACACCUGCUACAUGUGUGACCUUCAACCCCACAACAGAAAUUUUGGCAGUGGCUUCCAAUAAAGCUGAUGAGGCUGUCAAACUGGUACACAUUCCUUCGUGUACUGUAUUCUCAAACUUCCCAGUGUUCAGAAGAAAGCAAAUUUAUCUUACUCAGUCUAUGGACUUUUCUCCCAGAAGUGGCUUUUUUUCUAUAGCAAAUAAUAAAGGCAGAGCUUUAUUGUAUAGGCUGAAACACUAUUCAGAUUUUUAGAAGAAGAUAUGAGAGAGAAAUUACAAGUAACCCAGGUGUUGUAAUCUGCAGCUGACAAAAUUCAACAAGAGGUUUUUUCAAACUGUUUUAUAUGGAAGUUGAAAAAUACUAAUAUAACAUCCCUUUUGUGAAUAUUGUUACAUAAUAAAUGUACCUGAUAACAA